GAACCACUUUGCUCGUGUGGUCGGACGCCUUCCCGUCCGGAGGGCUUAGCGGUGGACACAGGAAGUAAAGUCAAGUCAGCCUGACACAAGUAGGCUGUAAAUCGCGAGUAUAUCAAAGUGUUUUCGUCAGUAAACGGAAACAUUUCACAUCAUUUGGCGUUGAGGUGUAUUAGUUAUUCAAGAUGCUGAUCAAAGUGAAGACUCUCACUGGAAAAGAAAUCGAGAUCGACAUAGAGCCCACAGACAAGGUGGAGCGGAUUAAAGAAAGGGUGGAGGAGAAGGAAGGGAUCCCCCCACAGCAACAGAGACUCAUCUACAGCGGCAAACAGAUGAAUGAUGAGAAGACAGCUGCGGACUACAAGAUCCAGGGGGGCUCGGUGCUCCAUCUUGUGUUGGCGCUCCGAGGCGGCUCAACGCCGCGCUGGCCCUGCAUACGCCUCUCCUAUUCGUCAUGAGUGCCAACGCUUUCCGUGUCUCGUCACCGUCUAACCAUGUUUCAGCACAGAUAUCUGAAAUCCCACGCGGAAAAAAAUAUUAUUAUAACCAACCAACAACGGCAACAAAAAAAGAGAGGAAAAAAAGACGUUCUAAUUCCUUUGUAGAUGUAUUUUUUGUAAACCCACAUUGGCGUUCUGAGUUUGACCAGUUGAUGCCGAACCCCAUGCAGUACAAAAAACAGUUUGAAAACUUUUUGCUUGUGAAUAAAUGCUGAAGUUGA